CCUUGCCUGCCUCUUUCCGUCUCCGGCUGCCGUAGGGAGAGGAGCUGGCGCCAUGUCGGCGCAUCUGCAAUGGAUGGUCGUGCGGAACUGCUCCAGUUUCCUGAUCAAGAGGAACAAGCAGACGUAUAGCACUGAACCCAAUAACCUGAAAGCCCGCAACUCCUUCCGCUACAACGGGCUGAUUCACCGCAAGACUGUGGGCGUGGAGCCGGCAGCCGACGGCAAAGGGGUCGUGGUGGUCCUGAAGCGGAGAACAGGCCAGCGUAAGCCGGCCACCUCCUACGUGCGGACCACCAUUAACAAGAAUGCCCGAGCCACACUUAGCAGCAUCCGCCACAUGAUCCGAAAGAACAAGUAUCGCCCCGAUCUGCGCAUGGCUGCCAUCCGCAGAGCCAGUGCCAUCCUGCGCAGCCAGAAGCCUGUGAUGGUGAAGAGGAAGCGGACUCGCCCCACCAAGAGCUCCUGAACAGCCUCCCCCAGAGCAAUAAAGAUAACUUGUUUCCAAUG